UGUGAUGGAACUGGAUAUUGAAAAAUUCGAACCUAAUAGCACGUGCUGUAAAAUGCAAAAUGAUUCAAUUCAUGGCAUAAGAAACUUAACACUCGAAUUGAUGAAUGGAAAUAACAUCCAAGACUCUUACAAUGUAACGAUAAGAUUCUUACCUCCUGAUCCGUUGAUCCCUGAGUUUCCAAUAAAAUAUUUCAAUUGUACUUUGGAAGGAUUUGGCGGAUAUCAUACCCAACUUAUCAAAUUCAUUAACGGAACAGAACGAUACGAAUUUAAAAUUGAAGAUUUGGAUCUAGAUUCUAUAUAUUACUUAAACAUUUACACCCAAUACGAAAACGAUACAAAGGGACACAUCUCCUCUAGGCGAACAUUCAAAUUUCAGGAAUUAACGAAAGAAUUCAAAAUUGAUGAAAUUCCAAGAGGUUACCAAGUUGAUGUAAGAUUUAAAGGAAAUAUCCAAAUAGGUGAUUUCUCCCUCAAUGCAACGAUAUCUAUGGCGCGUAUGAUUAAAUUAAAUGACGGAUUGGCUGUACAAGUAUUUUGGGAUUUUGCUAGCGAAAUUAAAUUAUUUUGCGUUUCAAUGGUAUCCACCUAUCCGGGAAAGAAUUUUUCAAAAAAGGCUACAAUAUGGGGAAAGACUUAUCACAUUUUUGAGAAUGUGGAACCAAAGAACGAAUAUAGAAUAUCGAUACGGUUAUGCCCAUUAUUCCUAAAACAUAAAUAUUAUUACACCACCCAUCAAGUCUUUAUAACUGCUCCUUAAAUAUCAAAUUUAACCACUCUCCCCUGCAAAAAAGAAGGCAUGGGGUCACGAUCACCCAUAACCUUAAAUUAGUGGUUUCAUCUCGUCCAAUGGCAAGCUCCAAAAUAAUAACUGAUCACCUAUUCUUGCCUGAUGCGUUGCUUGACGAUGCUUAUAUUAUAUGGAAAGUCUCAGUCGACGAUGAAUGUCAACCUCCACCCUCCCAUAAACAAAAGGAUUGAGAUAAUCUGAUGAUUUCAAGGUCCGUUGAUUACCUCUUUUUGACCCUUCUCUCUGAGGAUCAUGCCUUAUUAGCCUCCCUCAACCAAGGUUCUAGAUAUGAAUACCUAUACGCUAUUCCUUCUAAAAAUCUUGACCUUG